GAUUUUUCGCUAGUGUAAUUUCCUUACGUGUAGGGAAUAUUUUUCUCUCAGUGUUUAACUGAUCGGAGAAGGAAGUUCAUAAACUUAACAGCUAUUCCGAUUGACAUGAGCGUGUAAAUGUGUUAAGAUUUUCAGUUUGACAGAUUUAAAAACUUACUGCUAUUAUUGUUUCAUGUGAAAUCGUUUCUCUUUUACCAACCAAACUGCUCGUUUCCAUUAAAGACAGUAGCCGUUUUGGACAUUAAAAAAAUGAUGAAAACAAGACCACUGUAUAUCACCAUGUUUGCAGACAUUUUGCCAUUGAGAUAACAAUAGCAAGCCCUCUUACUUCACCUCUCGUUGCUUGAGCAGGAAAAAAAGUUUUUUUCCGUUUCAGGCUCCAUUCAUCAGUCAUGAAAUAUUUUGAUCCAGACAAUGGCGGCGUCUGGCAGGAAAUCCUGCCUGAUGAAAACCGUACUCAGCAGCAAGAUUUCGAUGCUAUUUCAAUGUCCUCGGCCUCAAUGGCAGGAGAAAAUCACAGGGGUCUGUACCGUACAAAAAGCACGUCCAGCCGUUACUCCUUAAAAAGUAAUGGAACCGAUGGCGGUGCCGGAUCUGGUAUUGUCCGGCUGACGAGAGGACCAUCCAGCCGCCAUAGGAAACGAGUCGUGUUGAAGAACGGAACAGUUAACUUGUCAAAAGAACACGUCAGCAAGAGAAGUCAAAGAUACUUACAAGAUAUCUUCACCACAUUGGUAGAUAUACAAUGGAGAUAUAAUCUAAUGGUUUUUGCAAUGGGAUUUCUUCUAAGUUGGCUUAUCUUCUCGCUUAUAUGGUGGUUGAUUUGCUUAGCCCAUGGAGACUUCGAUCACAUAAACGACGAUGAUUGGAAACCAUGCGUCGUAGGGGUUGAUUCUUUCUCCACAGCGUUUCUUUUCUCCGUGGAAACACAGCAUACCAUCGGUUAUGGUUCAAGAUACACAAAUGAUGAAUGCCCAGAAGCCGUGUUCAUCAUGUGCGCUCAGUCCAUAACUGGAGUGAUGAUACAAUGUUUCAUGGCUGGAAUAGUCUUCGCCAAGCUGUCUCGGCCAAAGAAACGAUCACAGACUCUCAUGUUCAGUCGCUACGCUUGCGUGUGUCUACGAGACGGAAAGCUUUGCUUCAUGUUUAGGGUUGGAGAUAUGAGAAAAUCUCACAUCAUUGGAGCCAAAAUCAGUGCUCAGGUCAUUCGCAGGAAGACCACGGCAGAAGGAGAAGUAAUCCCGUAUUAUCACACUCAUCUGGAUGUGCGUUUUGAUGACGGUGGUGACGAUGUAUUCCUCAUUUGGCCAGCAACUAUUGUUCAUGAGAUCAAUGAAACCAGUCCUUUUUUUCUGAAGUCAGCUGAAGACAUGCUCAGAGAAAGGUAUGAAGUUGUUGCUAUUCUUGAGGGUACCAUUGAAUCUACUGGACAGUCCAUCCAAGCGCGUUCAUCGUACAUCUCAACUGAAAUCCUUUGGGGUCAUCGUUUCGAUCAAGUUGUCAGUUUCCGGAAAGAAACUGGAGAGUAUUUAGUGGAUUACAGUAAGUUCAAUGCCACUAAUGAAGUACAAACUCCGCUGUGUAGUGCCCGGGACUUCAUGGAAUACCAAAAGAUGUUAGCAGAAGUUGCAAAGGCACCAGCAUUCGUCAACCCUCCACCUGCAGACAACAGCACUACAAGUACGCGGGACUCAUAUCAGCGGAGCAAUUCCUCACCAGAAGGUAGAUCUAACGGUUCUAAACUGCUUGAAUCUACAGCUGAAACCCCACUACUACCACAGUCAUCUAUGGCCAGUUCAGAUUGCUGAAAAGAAAAAAAAAAGAGACUUGAUUGCUGUUUUGCAGUUGAUGUCGAACAAAUCAAAGUUGUUGAAAAAAUGCAUCAUAAAUCUAAGCGAACAUAUGGAUUUUAUCAAGGACUCUGCUUUCAGUUCCGACGCAUGGUGUCUUGUGAAAGAACCAUGUGCAUUUUUUACUUUGUUACACUGACUUUGCAACCAAUGGCAAAUAUUAAGUGUUGCUAUCGGCUGUAUAUUUAGCUUAAUAAUUCGUGUUAAACGUAUAAGCGUAAGUUUGUGUUAUUUUAGAUGGUAAGUGUCAUUCGAUGUCAAUCGUGUAUGUAAAAAAAAAUAAAACAUUUUUAUUUCUA